AUGUUAGCUUUAAUUAUUGCUAUUUUAAUAUUUAUUGGUUGCUAUCAUUUGGAACAAUAUAUUUCCUACAGAAAAACCAAAGUUUAUGAUAGUGAAAUUAAAUUUGCUGGUAGUUAUUAUGUACUAAAUACAACUCCAAAUAAAUUAGUACCAGAACCACUAAAACCAAUACCAGUACCACCACCACAACAACAACAGGCGCAACAAUAUCCAUAUCAACCACUAAAGCCACAACAGCCACAACAGCCACCAAAGCCACAACAACCACAACAGCCAAAGCAAUCUCCAUUUAGUUUUAGUGAAGCUACACCAUUAAGUUAUAUUUUUAAAAACGAAAUUAGAAAUCGUGAUUAUUUAUAUAAAUCUGCUAGCUCACCAUUUUUCAGUCAAACUAUGGGCCAUUCACCACAAAUACCAACUCCACAAUGUCAAUUUCAAGAUAAAUGGUAUUCAUCAAUGGUUAAAUAUUUACCAUUAUUUGGUUCAAAAGGACGUCUAUCAGAAGUAGAAGCCGCCCAAAAACGUUUAAAUGAACGUUUAAAACUUUACCAAUUAAAAAAUAAUAAGGUGAUCCCAGGAGAUGGCAAUUGCCAAAUGCAUUCCUUAUCCGAUCAAAUCUAUGGAAAUUUAAAUCAUAGUACAGAAAUAAGAAAUGCUAUUGUCCAGUGGUUAAGAAAGAAUAAAAAUUUCUUACUUCAAAAUGGUGCAAAUUUAAGUCAAUUUGCAAGUACUAAUUGGGAGAAUUAUGGCAAUAACAUGUCAAGAGAUGGUACCUGGGGUGACCAUAUAACUUUAUUUGCUGCCGCAGAAAUUUUCAAGGCAAAUAUUAGUAUUAUAUCAUCGGUCGAUUCUCAUCAAUAUUUAAUAGAAAUUGAACCAACUACUGUUAUUGCCAAUAAAAAUAUUUUAUUAUCCCAUCAUGCAGAACUUCAUUACGGUUCUUUGAGUAGGAUAAUAUAA